GGGACCCUCCAGGUGCUGGCCAUCAGACUCCCUGCCCCAAAGCGUCCGGCUGCCAGCAGUAGAUGAUGAGCUCGGUGCUCUCUAUCUGGAUGAUCGCCUGGAUCCACAUUUCAUGCCUGUGCCCGAGGGACAGCCCAGAGGCCCUGCUGGCGAAUCAGCAGAACGGGAUCCUGUCCAUGAGCCUGAGGGGAAUGCUGGAGAUGUGAGUGGAGGAGGUGAUCCAGCUUCCCCUCUGAGCUCCGAGACCGAAAGCCGGGCGGAUGGCAUGGGUCUGGAAAGGGGAAAGGAUGAAUCGGAAAGAGGAAAAUCCUCUGAGGAGUCUUACCAUCCAAAAGAACUGCUGAGGGGAACGGAAGUGGCAGUUCAUGGGAGGAAUGCAGGGAAGCAGCAAAGGAUGCAGGGAAGCACAAAGGCUGCUGCUGGCAGAUCUGUGCGGCAGCGCCACGUGGCAGUGGUGGUGCUGUUCUCUGUUGUGCUGCUGUCUGCGCUGGUGCUGGCCUGCGUUGCUGCGUCACGGCCGUGGAAGGAAUGCCUUGUGUGCAAGGGGGGAGAGAGAGCAGCAGAGCGAGCUCAUCCUGACACCGACUGGGAGGGAGUUCCAAGUGGAGAUGAAGGGAGAGCGGAGCUGGGAGAGGCAACGAGCGAGAUCCUUGCCCAAGCCAACAAUCUCAGCAAUAGUUCCAGUCCGUUCCGUUCUGCCAUCCCAGAGGCCAAAGAUCUUCAAAGUCAUCUGAAAGACCUGGAGCGUGAACUCCAAGCCAUGAAAGAGGUCCAUGGGGGCAGUGGUGAGUGCUGCUUCCUGUCAGAGGACGGCCCUGAAAGGGAGAGCGGAGGAUCAGCGGCAGAGCGUUUGUCCUUCACCCUCCGUUCCCCAGGACGAGUAUCACCAGUAGUUCGAAGGUUCUUAGCUCGCCACAGCUACGAUCCUUUUGAGGGUCCCAAUGAGGACCCAGAAAGCGAGCUUCCUCUGACCGCCGGGCAGCACGUUUAUGUCUUUGGAGAUGUGGAUGAGGACGGCUGGUUUCUGGGAGAGCUGACGGAUGGCACGAGAGGGCUGGUCCCUUCCAGCCUGGUGACAGAGGUUUCAGAUGAUGAGCUGGACACAGCGAUGCCUCCAGAGCUCUGUGAUCUCCUGCUGGAUACGGAUGAUUGUGUCGAUGCAAAGAGUCCAUAAUGCAGCAACAUCCUGUCGCGAUUCUUGCCUCACUCCAUCUGCAAGAUGACCCCCUGCUCCACUUGACGUUCGAGUGAAGUGUGAGCAGGAUGUGGAUGAGCUCCUCCUGGUUCGAUCUGAGAUGACUGGCAGUGCGACUGCAUGCUGUUAUUGUAUAUUAAAAAAUAUUUUAAAAACUAACUAACAACACUGUUGUUUUUCGUGGAUACAUUGAGGUGAUACUUUUUCUAGCUGAGAUUUUGCAGUGAGUCUCGAAGCAGGUUUGAACUGGUAGAAGUUGGCCGUGUUUGCAUUCUGUUUCUCAUAUUUCCUUGCUGAUCAGAGUCAAGGUGCCAUGCAUCCCUUCCCCGCCUCUGGCUGCCCCCCUUCACCGUGAAGAGGACCAAGAGCUUCUGGCACAGAAGUAUGUCCAUGUGCAAGGCUUAAACUUCAUGCGUCUUCCUUCUCUGCUUGGUAAAACUGCGCGUUGGGCUCCUUUGGAGUCUGAGUGCUGGUUUCUGGGCAGUCCUUAGCUGGAGGCUGGAGUGCCUCUAUCAGCUGUGGCGGUGCAACUCCCACGCCCCACGUCCUCCCCCUUCUGCCAGGCCUCUCAGUGCUUGGUGCACUUGGACAAAAGGUGCAGGACCAGUACAUGAAGGUGCUGCUCUGUGCCUCUCCCCUGCUGGCCUCUGUGUAGCAAAUGGCAGUGAAUAGGAGCGUUAGGGGAUGCCCGGAUUGUCCCUGCCUUCUGCCUCGUGUCCCAUUGCCCGGGGCCAAUCCUGGGGUCAGUCAUCUCCUGGCAGCCCGGUACAUCUGGACACAAAUCCCGGCUCGUGUGGAGUGGUUUGGAAUUUGUGAGUUCAGCAAGUUCUCAGCUUUGUGCAACUGGUGGAAAGAACCAGGUUUUGCCCUCCAAGGGGGCCGGAAAAGUAUCCGGCAGAUCUCCAUCAUCUCAGACCCUGCAAUUAGAGGUUCUUAGUGAGUGUUAAUACUUAUCAAUACCUGAGGGCAGGUGGGAGGAACAUGCAUGAAGCCAGGCACUUCAGUGGUGUGCAGCGGUGGGACAGCGAGCAGCGGCCUAGAACUUGAACUCGGAAGUUCUUGCUCUUCUUCCAUCCACCUCCUUCCUCACUUAUCUGUUUUAAUGAUACGUGUUCCUUUCACAGCAGUAGGUGCUGAGAGUUUCCCUGUCCACAUUUGC